UUGAACAAAUCUGGUUGUUUGUUUUGAAUUUGCUUAACAUGUGUUAAUCAGUCAAUUGUCUUAAUUUUAAGUCCAGUGCAUAAUUUUCACAGUUAUCAGAAAAGUUUGUUAUAAUGUUAAAUCAAUAUUUUAACUUGUUCACUCAUUCAUGUAAAUUAAGUCCAGUUAUCAAAAUUCAUAGAUCUAAUUUAACUCAGCCCGGUAACUUAUUGAAUGUUAAAAGGUGUUUAGCAUCAUUAUCGUUAAUUGAUCAUUCAUCAAACUGGACUAAUGUAACGACGAUUUUCAAGAAAAAUUCGUGUUCUUCAAAGUAUUUCAGUGUUAAUGGACACAAUAUUACAAAGAGACAGAUUGUACAAAGAGCAUCAACUUCGGAUAAUGACAGUCAAUAUGCCGCUGAUCUGGAUCAGCUUUGGAGUUUAAGAGCUUUUUAUACAGAAGGAGAUGUCAAAAAUUCGUUGCUCAGUGAUAAUAAGUUCCGAGAAAUUUGCACCAGCUUGAUGAAAAAAUUACGUUAUCUUUCACCAACAGAGGUUCGUUCAUUAGCGCAUCUUGUUAUUGGCAUCAAUCUACCAACUAAUGUUGGUAUUACUAAAGGGGUUUUACAGAUGUUGCGAGUUCAUUUAAAUGAGUACGAUGCUCGUGAAUUGGCUGAUAUUUACUUACUUUUAGAGAGAAAUCGGUCUUUCGAACGUGAUCCUGAGGAGGAAAGAGAGCCUAGUAACCCUGUUUUAAAAGCUUUAUUAAUUGCUUUACCUAAAGCCAUGGAGCAAAAAAUAAUUGGGAAACAGUUUUAUGCCAGUAAUUCAUCUCAUCUUUUGUUGAUUCUCAAAGCUUCUAUCACAGCUAAAGUGAACACAGAUUCUAUCCGUUUUCUAUUUCGAGUGAUUUUCAACAAAAUCAGAUACAUGCACAGUUCCCAGCUAAUUCAGUUAUUUGGCCUUUUAUGCCAUCAGUAUAUUGAAUCUAAUAUUGAUUCGAUUGGUCGACCUUUGGUUGGACAAAUUCUUGAUCGAUAUUGGCAGAGAAUCGAUGCUGUAUUAAAGGACGCUUACUUUGAACCGGAUUAUUACUUUGAUGAAACUCUAAAGACUAUGUGCCUUACGGACGAUAAAAUUUACUACAAUUCAUCAUACUGUGAUAGUAUUUACGAACUUUAUGGAAAACUUGAUUCGUUGGACAAUUUCAACGCAUUUGAUGAUCUCCUUUGGUUUGGAAUGAAAUAUAAUCACUACUCUUUAAAAGCUGUAGAAAAAGUCAUGUCUCUUAUUGUGUCCAAGCCAGAUUCAUUUUUAUGGGAUUCAUCUUUAUCAUCAAGUAAUAUAAUUCAAAUUAUGGGAAAAUUAAAUUGGAAGCCAACACAUGUCGAUUGGAACACUCUUUGUCCUAUUCUUAUUGAAGAUGUGAAGCUUUCUGGGAGUCGCUUUUAUUCAUCGACCAAAACUUUGAUUAGUUAUUUAGUUCUUAAAGAACACGAUUUAUUUGAAGAGCUAUCAGAACAUGAAGCAUCUAGUAUAAUCGACAAACCCGAAAAGGAUCUUCACAUCUUUUACCAAGAUAUUUUGACACUAAACAUUGGCGUAAAAUGUGAAGCUAUGAACGUUACUUCAUCAACACUAAAAUCAACCUUGGAUUCUUAUAUCGAAGAAGCAAUAAUUUACCUCAAUUCGAAUCGCAGUUCUAGUCUAUUCGAAAAAUCAUUAUCUUCAUAUUUAAAAUUAUGCUGUGGAGGUCCAAAAAAUGUUGCCAAUAAUAUUUGGACAUCUUAUGGUCACUUCAUUAAUAAUUUAAUAAUGAUAAAUAGAGAUGGAAAACCAAACGAAUUGGUUACAAGUAACAAUGAUCAAAAUGGACUCGUUUUUCUCCAUAAUUAUCAAAUUGACCCUCAAAGUCAAUUAGUUGCUGUCUUGCCAACAACUGAUGAUGAUUUUUGUGUCAAACCAUAUAAAUUAAAAGGGGAAAUGGAUCUUAGGUAUCGUACAUUGGAAACGCUUGGAAUCAAAAUACUUAGAAUUCAUGUAGAUACUUGGAAAUGUUUAACUGAACGAGAAAGAGGUCUAUUCUUAGUAAGAGAAUUGAGCGAAAUAACUGGUCAAGAAUUCAAAUCGUCGAUCAAAGAAUUAAUUGACUAGCAUUUAUAAAUUGUCAAAAUUUGUAUUAAUUGUUCUUUUGAUAAUCUGUCAUAACUUUUAGAAAAAUUUUCUUAUAGUAGUGUGAAUUCAUGUAUAAAUCUUUACUGUUGACUAUUGAUAACUAAAUAAAUACAUAAAUAAAUAAAAUAUGAUUGUUGUUGCACAUCUCAAAAAUAAUAAAAACUGACAAUUAU